GCAGAGCCGAGGCAGCGGCCGGAGCAGGAGCAGCAAUCCGGGAGCGGGAGGGCGCAGGAAGCUGUGAGGGGGGUCAGGAAGCUGAGGCUGAGGAGAGACGCGGAGGAGGGGGGAAGCCCGCGGGGCAGGAAGAGCCGGCUCGUGAAGGGAGGGGCCGCGGAGGCGAGAAGGGCUCGGGCGGCGGGGGGGGGGAGAGGCCUCCGCGCAGGCGCAGCGCGGGGCUCGGACCCCCACCUCCUGAAGCGCCCCCCCAGCGGAAAAGGGGUCCUGACAGGACAAGAGAGGCAGCUCCAGACUCCGCCCGGGAGGGGCCGCCGGCCGGGGGGCCACCAUGUCCUCCCCCAGCCCGGGCAAGAGGCGGAUGGACACCGACGUGGUCAAGCUUAUUGAAAGUAAACAUGAAGUCACCAUCCUAGGAGGACUCAACGAAUUUGUAGUGAAGUUCUAUGGACCACAAGGAACACCGUACGAAGGUGGCGUGUGGAAAGUUAGAGUGGACCUUCCUGACAAAUACCCCUUCAAAUCCCCAUCUAUAGGAUUCAUGAAUAAAAUUUUCCAUCCCAAUAUUGACGAAGCGUCAGGAACUGUAUGUCUAGAUGUAAUUAAUCAGACUUGGACAGCUCUCUAUGAUCUUACCAAUAUAUUUGAGUCGUUCCUGCCCCAGUUGCUGGCGUAUCCCAACCCCAUAGAUCCCCUUAAUGGUGACGCAGCAGCCAUGUACCUUCACCGACCAGAAGAAUACAAACAGAAAAUUAAAGAAUACAUUCAGAAAUAUGCAACAGAGGAAGCGCUAAAAGAGCAGGAAGAAGGCACUGGGGACAGCUCUUCGGAGAGCUCCAUGUCUGACUUUUCAGAGGACGAGGCCCAGGAUAUGGAGUUGUAGUAGAAGCAGCACCCUGCUUUUCAGAGAGACUGACUUCCUAACCCCGCGCUGAGAAGCAGACUAUAAUAUUCAUAUUUAAACAAAGCAAUUUUUUAUUACUAAACAAGGUUUUUAUGAAUAAUAGCAUUGAGAUAUAUAUACAUAUAUAUAUAUCACCCUUUAGAUCUUGGUUUCUUUUGGUCAUUUCUCAGAGCCCAAAAGUGCAUCGUAGCGCAUUUCCCACAUUCCACUCGGUAGCAAUAUGCAGCCCAUAUGCAUGCGAGGGAUCCGUUUAUAAUUCCAUUUGAGCAAAGGCAACUUGUGGGCUACUGAACUGUCAACCUAAAAAACAAAACACAAAAAAAACCAGCUGCUUUGCUAGGGAGAGGGUCUGGAUGUUCCCUUUUUUUUUUCCUCCCUGCCCCCCACUUUUAUUAUCAUUAUUAUUAUUAUUAAUGGUUCCAAAGAUGGCAGGACACCCUCAGAUGCAAAAGCCGAGCAGCGCUUGCAGAACGUCGGAGAGAAAUAUCGGGGGAUAAACGCCAGAGGCAGUGAAGUCGGAAAGGUGCUCUUUCAAUUCAGCCCGGCCGCUUUACACUUUAAACGGAGUUGCAUUUUUAAGAAACGAAACACCGUCGCCAGAAUACGCCGAAUUCUUCGAAGUGGUUCUGACAAAGGCGCCUUUCUUUGGCUUAAAGAACAUUUUGCGCGGACUUCCUGCCCUGCCGCUAGAGACUGGCGAUUGGUCCGGUUUGCUCGGGGGACCUUUUGAAAACCUGCGACUGGACAGUCAAAAGUCAACUUUACUGGUCUGGAUCCUCGGUGCCCGUCUGCCUCUGUCGCUGUUACCACUCUUAAGGGACAGAAAGCAAGCAGAGUCCAACUUUGGCUUAGCUUUCCUGGAGCGCGUCACACCCAAUCCAUUUUUUGCCCCACUGUUAAAACCACUGGCAGUUGUGAUUAUUCCACUCAUUGAUGUCUCUUCAAGCACUGUGCCCAUAGCCUCCUGCGGAGAGGUCUUCUUACAAGUCGGAUUUGUCAAGAGUGCUGCAAGCCCAUGGACAGUUUCAGUGCCCCCCACCCCACCCGAGUUGCCGCUGAUCACGACUCCAUCGGUGGUCUCCCAAGUUUGCUAGUUCCUUCCUUCCUUUGCUCACUUGUGGCCCUUCCGUAAAGCAGGCCAGACAAUCUAGGAAAAUCCAGUAUAAUGGGCUUGGGAAGUGGUUUUUUUGUUGUUUUGGAAGGGGAAUUGAUAAUAAGAGUGCUGGUUUCAGAGAUUUUCUUCCGAAUUAGAUUCUUCCUCCCUUUUCAUUUCUUGGGCGUUUUUUGAACACACAAAUGUUCCUUCUCUCUUCCCCUCCACCCCGUCCCCCCUCCCCCAAAAAACGGAAUGGUAAGAGAACCCCCCUCAUACGUUGAAUGCCUACCUGGGAUGCUGACGUUACUUGAACAUGGAUAACGGCAAGGAAAACGCCCGGCGAGAUGUGGAUUUUGCAAUCUGGACAUUACCUCUGAUGUAUUUGUAAAGAGUUUUUUUUUCCUUUUUCUUUUUGGACAGGAUGUGGGGAGGGCAGUUUUGGUGCAAUGUCUGUGGUGGGUGGGGUGGGGGCAGUGAACGGAAUUGGAACUCGGGUGACGUGAGCAGAAUUCUGAAUAUCAAGCCAAGCCCAGUCCGUUGUAUUUCCUCCCCAGGUUCCCCUGAAACGCCGUCAGAAUUUUGUGGAUUGUUCUGGGGUGCGAGGGGAAAACGCGUCGAGAGAGUACAAUCUUAAAGCCUAAUCAGUUUGCUUCCCCCCCCCCUUUUGAAAAGAUCUUAUGUAAAGUAGAAUUUAACUUUGGCAUGAUCAUUUUCCUUUAAUAAAGCAAAAGCAUACCAAGAAGUUGAAUUACGGGCAUGAAGAAAAAACAACAACAAACAAGAACCUUUUAUUUUCUUUCUUUCUAAAUUAAAAAAACAAAACAGUAAUGUGGUUAUAGUAGCUGAGCUGAAGUUCUCUCCUUUAAGCAAGUAUGGCUUGUUUGGGGGGGGGCAGGCGGGUUAGUAUUAAUAUGGAACAUGUAACUCUGUGCCAUUUCCUUGACUGGAGGAGCGUGGGGAGAGCUAUGUUACUGCCGCAGGACUCCCGAGACCAGCCUUCACCAACCUCGUGCCUUCCAGAGGUCGAUGGACUACAGUUCCCAUCAGCCCCUGCCAGCGUGCCGGCUGAGGCUGAUGAGAGUUGUAGUCCCAGCAACCUGCGGAGGGCACCAGGUUGGCGAAGUUGGCCUUAGAGAUGCUCUCUGCUUGUGUGGUGGCCUCUUAGGUGCUAUUUAGGUCUAGAUUUUGAGUGCUGAGGUGGCAGUGGUGAUGGUGGUACCAAUUUAAACGAAAUAAAUUGUAUUUUUUCAAUAUUGUAUAUACAAAUAUUAGUGUUCUAAUUCCCUUUACUUUACGCAGGUAACUUUUUCCUUGGAAAAAAAUCUCAAUCCUGGUGCACAGUCAGUUUUUAACAACUCUGACGUACACAGCUCUUCGCUCCUAAGCAAACACCCGUUCUUGAUUUCAACAGUCCUGGCUUUUAAAUUAAACACGCGGAAGCGGUUCCAAAUGCAGACACGGUCCGUGUUCAGUGGAAUCCCACCCACCCCCAAGAAAAGGCAGCACUGACUCUCUACUCCCCACCCAACAUCCACACACUUUGCCCCUGGGGUGCAAAAGACCCAUUUUCGCAAUUCCUGUUUGAUCGGACCCCUUGUUUGUGCGUUGCAGUUGCAAAGAUCUCUUCUUCUGCAUUUACUUUCCAGGUGUCAGGGAAGGCUGGCAAAACGCCCUUAGUGGAAUGGGAUCCACCUGGAAAGAAGCAUUUGUGAGGACCGACCUUACGAGUUAACUAGACCAGGCUCCCUUCUCUGGUACCACUGAUCUAAGCCCAGUUCCUUCUGUCCCCCUCUCUCUUUUGUCGGCCUUCCGAGAUCCCCUUUGCUCGCAGAGCUGCUUCUCUCUCAGCCAGACCAGACGGAAAGGCCACUUCCAGUCGCCAUCCCCCUUCCGAAACGCCCGUGUUCCUUUUGAAAACCACCUUUCAGGCUUCAGACCCGACUCCCGACGCAGCCGCCCCUGGCAAGCUGCAAAGCUGUGUUUGUUUCUUGUGAGUUGCCUUGUUAACGUGAACACACUCUGAUGGGAUCUCAAGUGCUUGCACCGGCUGUUGCCCUUCUCCCUCCCCACCCGUAAAAGUCCGUUGUGCUUUUGGAGUGUUUCGGCACCGGUAGACGCAACUUCCCACAUUGACCUUGGCGUUUGAUCUGCUCCCCUUCUCAAAAUGCCUCUUAAAUCACCCACGGAGACAUACCUCCGAAGCACAGUUUUUAUCCCACUUUGCCCUCCGUGCCAGUCUCCCAAUUCCACCUGUCAACCUUCUGUUAGUUGUUCUUGCCACACCAUCUUGUGCUUGAUAUAAGAGAGUGGGGACCUGGAAACGGAGGCAGAGAGCAGCAUGGAUCAGAGUGGCGCAGGGUUUUACCCAGGUGAUGGCUGGUGGCGAAAGCAAUGGCCCUGGACUUUUUCGUUGGCUAGGUCUGCUUGUAGAAAAACCCCAAAGCUCCCUGGCUUGUGUGGCCGGUUGAUAUUUUCCUACCUUUGGGGCAGCGGGUGGGAACUCCCACAACGAAAAGGGGGUUCGUAGGGGAGGGGGUGAAGCUUUUCUCCUCUUGGAGAGGGGUCCAUGCUAGCUUUCUGCACCUAGAUCUGGAACGGAUAAAGUAGUUAAAGGUGUGGAGUGUCCGAAGGCGACUCCUGUGAUCUGAGCGUGCGCUGGUUUUAUAUAAAUAUAUAUAUAAUAUUUUCUCGCUCGCUCGCUUCCUUUUGCUCGUCUGAGUUGCUGUGGCACCUUGGAGCCAGAAGUCUCUUGCCGCAUGAGAAAUGGCCAUUUUCCUUCCUUCCCCACCUUUUCUUUUACUGACUGUGUUUGGUACAUAUUGUGUGAAUACUUGAAGAGGCGAAGCUGGGCAUCCAGCCCCUUUCCAUUCGAGUCCUUGCUUUGUUUUCCUUCGGGGUUUUUUUUUUGGUUGGUUUGUUCCCCCCCCCCCCCAUUUUCGUUUCCGCUUCCUCUCUUAUACCCCCCGCCCCCCCAAUCCUCUUUGCAUUGUGAUGAUGUUAGUGGGCAUGCCUGGCGCCACGGCAAUUGCCUCUUCUAAGAAUUAUAACCUCUCAAAAUAGUUGUGUAUAAUUAAAGAAACUGUAAACUUUUUUAAAAAAUAAAAUAUGUAUAUACCUUG